CAACACCCACCUAUAAUUUCUCAAAAUUCCCUGCCUCAGUAAAUUCUUGAAUGAUUAUAGUACGGUCCUCUUUCUAUAUAAACACCUCCAUUUUAACCUAAAUUUCUCUUUAUUCUCUCACAAUUACAAUUACCCUAACCCCUCUCUUUCUCUCUCGUCUCAUCAUCAUUUCUACGUACCAUCUCUGUUCUCUCCCUCUCUCUCUUCCCUUGUUUCGACCGAAAAAGAAGCUGAUUAUAACCCACUAAAUAAAAGUUAAAAAACACCUCUCUUUCUUAACACAAAGAAACAAGAAGUUCAAGGAACCUCAAAAAAGAAGGAAAAAAGAAAAACAUCUCCACCCACAAAAGAAGCCACUGUUGGGUUCCCAGCAAGUUCAGGCAGCGUCAUCAAUUCAAAUUCCUCUUCCUCUUCUUUUUAUAACUAUUUUCAAUCUUGGGUACGUCACCUUCAGAGACUGGAGUUUUCAGGUUUCUUUGUAAUCUUUUCCUUCAUCAACCCCUGACUCCAUACUUGAAUUUGAAUGAAUUCUUUUCUUGCCACCAUUUCUUGCUCUCUUUCCAUUAGAUGAAGCAGAAUCACAUUUCUGGAUUAAAGGGUACUUUCUUUAUUUCUUCUCUUUUCUGAUCAGGGGUGUAAAUGAAAAUUUUCUCCGGCGAGGAGGGGGUAGUUUCAUAAAUUAAACUCUCCACAAGGAGCUUUCUACAAUUUCUGGAACAAAGUGAGAGGGAAAUGAGUCAACAGACUCGUUUACAACCGAGUCACGACCCGGUUAAAAAGCUAAAAUUAGUAUCCUUUCUCACUGAUAAUAAAACCUACGAGAUUUUCUCUCUUCUCGCAAGAAUUUUCCUCAUCCUUUCUCUCAUCUCCUCAAUUUCUCUCGUCCUCUACACCGCUUUCUCUCCUCAAACCCAUUCUACCCGAUUCACAUACCCGAGACAAACCACUAAACAACCUGAAGCCGAAUUCCAAUCCGGACCUACCAACAUCUCUCACAUCCUCUUCUGUGUCGGCGGAUCAGCGACAACAUGGAAGACGCGGAGCCGGUAUAGCUCUCUCUGGUGGAAUUCAAACAAAACUAGAGGUUCCGUUUGGUUAGACGAAAGUCCAAGUGUAAAGCCCGAAUCCGAAAUGCCAAGUUUGCAGUAUAGAAUAUCGAAUCCGGAGUGGAAAAAGUUUAAAUUCUCGAGCUCUAGAUCAGCAGUUAGGAUCGCGAGAAUUAUAAACGAUAGUUUUAAAUUGAGGUUAAGAAACGUGAGAUGGUUUGUGAUGGGAGAUGAUGAUACGGUGUAUUACACUGAGAAUUUAGUUUCGGUGUUAGCGAAAUAUGAUCAUAAUCAGAUGUGGUAUAUUGGAGGGAAUUCUGAAAGCGUGGAACAAGAUGUGAUGCACUCUUAUGAUAUGGCUUUUGGUGGUGGUGGAUUCGCUAUUAGUUAUCCACUAGCUGAGAAAUUAGUCAACAUAUUGGACGAUUGUCUCGAUAGGUAUUACUAUUUCUACGGUUCUGAUCAGAGGAUUUGGGCGUGUAUCAGCGAGAUCGGCGUGCCGCUUACUAGAGAAGUCGGCUUCCAUCAGUUUGAUAUUAGAGGAAGUGCAUAUGGUAUCCUGGCAGCUCACCCACCAGCACCACUUGUAUCACUCCAUCACCUUGAUAAUGUGGAUACAUUGUUCCCUAACAAGAACCAAUUGGACUCCCUGAAAUCUCUGAACAGUGCGUACCAGAUAGACCCGCCGCGGAUUCUUCAACAGGCAGUUUGCGAGGACUACAGCCGAAAAUGGUCGAUAUCAAUAGCAUGGGGCUACACCAUUCAGCUAUACCCUUUUGUAUUGCCAGCCAAGGACUUGCAAACCCCGUUGCAGACAUUCAAGACGUGGAGGACGUGGAGUAAGGGGCCAUUCACAUUCAAUACCAGACCUAUAAAGUCUGACCCAUGUGAACUCCCUGUUGUUUUUAUGCUGGAGAAGGCUGAGGAAGUUGGGCAGAGCGGGUCUCGAACUAUUUAUCAUAGAAUUGACCCCAAGCCAGAGAACAUGUGUAACAGCACUGACAAUGCCAAAGCAAUGUCAUUGCAGAGAAUUGUUGUAUCAGCUCUGAAGUUAGACCCUGAAUACUGGACUAAGGUGCAGGCAAGGCGAAGAAAGUGCUGCGAUAUUAUUGAUAGAGGAAGCAGAAAGAUCAGCAUGCAGAUUAGGAUUAGAGAAUGCAGGCCCUGGGAAACUCUUUAACAUUUCUAAUGUAAAUAGUCAGUUUUUACAAAUAUUAUACAGGAAAAGAGAUCAGUAUAAGUAACAUAAUACGUUUUUUUGACAUGA